UGUGUCAAAUUUUGGAAAAAUUUUAUAUUAUUUUAUUUCAACACAUAUUUGUUUUGUGUAUAAUAUGCAGCAUUAAUAGUUUUGCAGCUGAAAAAAAUGAAAAUUUUAAUAUGACUACUAUUGAGAAAAUCGCAGCUUCCAGUAAUAACAAUAAUUACAUUAAUUCUUUAUUAAAUAAUAUUAACUUUAAAAAUCAAAGUACAUACGUUCCUAUGUUAAGUAAUAUAACUUCCGAUUACAUAUCUAGCAAUAAUUCCAAAUCAAAUUACAAUAAUACUACAUUGAUUAUAGACAAUUUCAAUAAUAGUAAAUUUUUAAAUUAUAAUGAUCAAGUGCCUUUAUUACAAUUGUCUCUAAAACCAAAACAAAUAAAAGUUGAUGAAUUUUUAAAUCAUACUGUUACUAUAAUAAAUUCGGAAUUUCCUAAAAAUAUACAUGAUACAAUUGGACAAACAAAUACCAAAUUGCAUUUUUCUCAAUAUUUAGGAUUAAAUCAAAACAUAACGCGUAAAAUAAUAGAAACUAAUACAACAGAAAAUAACAAAUAUAAUGUUUUAGAUUUGGUAAAAAAUUUACAAAUUCGUUUAAAAAGUAUUAGAAAUGAUGAACUAGGAGUUGCUACCAUACAGGAAAUUUUUGAUGCUAUGGACUUCACGGUCCAGAAUCAACAAGAUAAAAGUGAUAAACUUAAAAGAAUAUCAUAUCGUUUAUCAAAAAAAUUGGAAAAGGCUAUUCAUGUUAUAACACAUCUAUACAAUUUUUUUGUUAAAAAUAUUACAAAUAUAUCUUUAGAAGAAAAUGAGGAUGAAACAGAAGAUGAAUUUGAAACGCAAACAAAUCAACAAUUAUAUUUGAAUACAUUAAUCCAACCAUGUCCUUUCGAAGAUUUUUCUCUUCAGCAAAAUUAUAAUAAACAUGAAAUACAGGUUUUAAAUUAUUUAAAAAAUAAUGAUCAUCGUAGUUUUGGUUCCCAUAGUAAUGGAAGAGAAAUAGAUGAAGAUGGUGAUGUUAAUUAUAUUGCAAAUACAAAAAUUACUGAAGAAUUUAAUACUUUUAAUAUGGAAGCAAAUCAUAUAAAGCAUUUAUAUUUUUUAUCAAGUAGUGAUCAUGCUAGUGAUCAUCAAUGCCAGUAUUAUUUUAAUGAUUUACAUUUUCGUUAUUUAUAUGUGUCCGCAAUUAAGAAGAAGCAUGUCUUCCUUUUACUUGACAAUGGUAAUGCGUUCAAUUUUGAGCAAUUGGAAUUACUUAAAUUAUUUGUUCAAAAUAUUUUAAAAAUGCUAUCUAAUACAGAUACUAUAACUAUAGUUUUAAUAUCGGACGAAGCUUCUCCUAUGAUAUUGGAUAACGAAGAGACUAUUGCAAAUGAUAACAAUUAUAUGUAUAAAACUGAUAUUGAUGGGAAAAGGAAAAUUUCGAAAUUUAUUGAAAAUUUAAAUUAUACAUCCACUUUAACAAACCAUUCCCGAGGUUUCGAGUAUUCAUUUGAAUUACUUAAAAAGCAAAAUUUUAGCGAAUUCAAGCCUCUACUAUUUCUUUAUGCAACUAGAGGCUUAUUACACAAGCUUACAGAUAAAGUUAAUGUUCUUGCUACUAUUGCGAAAGGACAAAGUAGUCUUAAUAGCCCUGUUGUAAUAAAUACUUGCGCAAUCGUUUUAGAUGAAAGGCGAAUUAUGUACGAAAAACAGUUUUUAAGGGACAUUGCUCAGCAAAAUUAUACAAAAUAUGAUAUAGAUGUAAGCAGUUGGUAUAUUUACGAUUUUUAUAAUUUAACUGGAAAUUUAUAUGUUAUAACCAAGCGACAUCCAGAAAGAAUAAUCAAAAUUAGUACUGCAGUUUUUGAAAACUUGUUUUUAGGAAACUGGCGUACUGAUAAUACUGAAAAUUUAAUUUAUAUUGAAAAUGAAUUGCAAUAUCAUUUACCAAUUUAUGAUUACAGUACAAGAGAAGUUAUAGUUUCAAUGACACGUUCAAUACAACGUUUUGGUGUUAUUGGCUUAAACUUAUACUUAACGGAUUUAGCUGAAGAUAUAAUAUAUUUCAAAAACACUGAAUUUGAAUAUGCAUUUAUGAUAGAUGUUAAAGGAAUAACCAUUUCUCACCCAGCGUUUUCAAGACCCACUACUUUACAUAGCAACACCUAUGAAGUAGAUAUUGGUUUACUAGAAAACUCUAAAGAAUUUAAAGAAAGUAUUAAAGAACAAAUUUUGUUGAUCGAAAAUGGAAAUGCAUCUUAUAUUGAGAGAGAUAAUAUUACGAAAAUUUAUUUCUGGAAAAGAAUUCAAAAUGCAUAUAUUAUUUGUUUAGUUUCAAAAUCUAAUGGACUUCAUUUUAAUUUACAAAAUUCAAAAGCACAAGCCAAAACUUCAAAUUAUCAACAAUCGGAACAUUUGUUACCGUUGGAUUUAUUAUAUCACAGACUUGAUUUAGUUCCGCCCAAAAAUCCAAUAUGUAGACAUUUUCGGCAAAUAGCAACGUUAGAAACGGGAACAGUUUUUCUAAGUGCGUCAGCAUUUCAAUCUCCCUUUACUUACUUAAAAAACACACGCGAACAUAAGGAGAGUAUAAGAACUCAUACUGCUCAAAGUAUUAUGGCAUAUAUUAAAGACAGUACAAGUUUGUUAGCCAAUCCUGGAUUACUUUCAAGAAUCCGUAACGAUGUAGCGACACUUUACCAUGUAAUGUCAUAUUUAAAGAAAAGACAUCUUGAAAAUGGGGAAUUUAAAAAAUACAUAAUUAGAAGAUAUGUUACAACUACUAGUGGUGUAACUCAGAUAUAUCCUGGAUGUAUUUUGGGUACAGACUUAGAGCCCUCAAGACGUCCUUGGUAUCGUAAGGCAAUGAAGUAUCCAGGAAAAAUUAUUUCUACCGAACCAUACUUAGAUGCAGGUGGUGCCGGUUUUAUUGUUACAAUAGCUCACACAAUAUUUGAAGGAAAAUCAAAUGCUUUACAUAAUGUUGAUACAGAUAUUCCAGCAGCUAUAGUUGCUGUUGAUGUACCGUAUGCCUUUUUUUAUAGAAUGAUAAUUGAUUCGACAUUAUUUUGCUCGGAGCGAAAUAUUAAAUGUCUUUUAAUAGAAGAUAAUGGAUACUUACUAGGACAUCCAUCCUUCAUGGAACCUUCAACUCUUACAAUAAAUCAUCGUCGACCUAAAGAACAUCUAACACAUAAAGAAUCUUUUGUUGCUAAUGACAUCUUAAACCAUAAGCAAUUAGUUCGUAAACAAAUAUGUGCCAAUUAUCAAAAUCGAACAUCCGAACGUUAUUACAUAUAUAAUAUAUCUUCAACGGAAAUUUUCACUAACGUUGUGCAUGGCGAUCGGACGAAAUAUCAAAUAACUACAAUACCAGGUACAAAUAUAUUUGCAGCUGUCUUAAAUUCAACAAGAGAUGGUGGUGCAUUUUGUCCGUGUAGUACAGUGGAUCGUGUAUGCUUGAAUUGUAAUCGAAUGGAUCAAACAGAUUGUGAAUGUCCUUGUGAAUGUCCCUUAAAAUUUAGUAAAAACGGAGAAAUAUCAAUGAAUAUUAUAAAUAGAAGUAGUAACGACAGUGAUUUUUCAAAUAUUGCAUCAUAUUAUUAUUGUGAACCACCAAUUGAAGGCUUAGACGUUGUAAAUUCAAUGAGCUAUGAUUGGAAUACCGUAUUAAAAGCUUGUAUAAACAUUAAUUGCGAUUUAUAUUCAAGUCAAAACGAAUGUAUUGGAAUAAUGGGGUGUGAAUGGUGUCAGUUAGAUGUUGACGGGAAUCCAUUUAAUUCUGCGUUUUGUACUACACAAAAUUCCUGCUUUAAUGGUGUUUUGGGGGCAAUGACACCAUAUGGCGAUAAUGAUAUUGGAGCUGCUAUUGUUGAGUCAGUCAGCCAACCAGCGUAUUCUGCUAUUGGACCUGUAGGUGGGGCAAUAAUAGCAUUGUGUAUAGUAGUGGGUUUUGCAAUGUACUGUUAUCGCCAAAAUUUAGAUAGUAGUAUUGACCAAUUGUAUCCAGAAUCUAUACAGGAAGAUAAUUUCGGUCUUCCAUUAUCUCGAUUUAACUACGAUGAUUGUAAUGGAAAUAAUGGAUUGGGUGAUGAUGAUAUAAUUGGUGGUAAUGGAUCUCAUAUUUUACACAAAAAUUUAAUUCAUCCACUGGCAAAUUCAAUAGCUGUUUCUGAAAUAUCACCUUAUCAUAUGUCGUCGGGAGGAUAUCGACGACCAAAUGGGGAAUCAGAUAAUGGUUAUUCAACGAUGACUCCACAUGAAGAUUCAGACAUGUGUUUCACUUUAGUAGAACCAUUGAUCAAUACAAAUAAACGUUUGUCAAUGUCAGCUGAUUCAAUGUCUAUAAGUACAUCGAUAUCAAGUCCCACAAAUCAAGGUGAUAGCAACAAAGCAAAUAUAUCUAAAAGAAAUCAAGACUUUAAUUUAAAAUAUAAUGAGCGUUCUUCACCAACUUCCUCUGGUAUAGGCAAUAAUUCACCAGCAUUAACAAAACAAAUUUUAGAGCAAACUAUAUUACCACAACAAAUGUCCCCACAUCAUAUACUGGCACCAGUUACCGUUCAUAGGCAUAUGGAAGCUUCAUCGUAACAUUAAUUUUUAAUUAAUUAAAAAAAAGUGAACAAUAGUUUAUUUAUAUUUUACAAGAUAUCCUGCCAUUUACUAAUUUUGUAAAUUUUUCUAUUUUUUUUUAUAAAAUUUUAAUGUUUUAUUGAAAUAAGAAAUAUUUUGAAAAAUAAACUAAAACGCUAAAAAUAUUGCUUAUUAGAAUUGCUUUUGAA